UAUCAAGAGGGCGCCUCGUUCAGCAUCCCAACGGUCCACUGCUCCUCUUCUCCAUCCGCGCCUUUCCUCCUCCCAAGAAUUCCAUGGCAAGUAGCGCGGUUCGCGUUUCUCCCUUCCUCUCUCCUCCAUCGAUCCUCCUCCUCUUUCUCACCUUCCUCACCUUCUCUUCCUCCUCUCCACCCAACGAAAUCCCAUAUGCCUACCACUGCAACUCUAUCGUCCCCGAGUCCAUCCCCACCCGCCUUCUUGUCCACUCUAGCUCCUUCCAGCUCCCACACGGCUACUUCUCCGGCGGUCGCCCCCUCCUCGACUCAGAUUCCACUUCUGGCCGCUCUACAUCAAGGUCCUUCCGAUUCCAAGCUGAACACCUCCACCAGACCCAAAACACGGGCAUCAUCCACGUCCGUGGGACCCUAAUCCUCCACGGUGGAAAUACUCGUACCCAGGGGAACUAUACGGAUUCGAUGGACGGCUCUUUUAUCCAUUAUACCUCAACGGUUUGGAAAGAAGCCACCUUUGACCUCACUGGUUUCUGGUCCGAAUCUUCCGGCAAGCUUUGCAUGGUGGGCCGCGGCUUUCUCAAGCACGCUGCAGGAGAUAGCUCUCUUGAUCUUUCUGCUGUUCUUAAGCUUAAUUAUCCUAAGAAAUCCAACAUCACUACUAGCUUGGUUAGUGGUACCAUCGAGAGCUUGGAUGCAACCAGUGGCCCGAAUCACUUCAGCUCCAUUCAGAUUUUAGCCUAUGCCCAGAAAAAAUAUGAGUACACCAUGAUCUCCCAAGCGAACAAAUCGUGCUCCCGUCAUGCACUUGAUGAAGAAUCGGUAGCAUUUGAUUCUAAUUCCUACUGUCCUAGACUUCGGAGAUUAGCAGGUCAGUUCUUUAGAUUGGACUAUGGCAGUGAUUGCUCUAGUCCGAAUUGUGGCCCUUUCGGUGCGAGUCGUGAAAUUUUCAUGUCUUUGAAUCUAAUCCAGUGUACCGACGAGGGAAAGCUGCAUUUUUAUAUGGCCUUCUCCGAUGUCAAUAAGCAUCCAAACAAUGGAUUGUUUGUGCCUGAGAAGUCCUUGGUUGCUGAGGGGUUCUGGGAUCCCAGUGCGAACCGGCUCUGCGUCGUGGCUUGUCGCAUACUUCACAUUCAAGGGGAUUCUCUGGCAACUGCGUCGGUUGGUGAUUGCACAAUUGGGUUUAGCUUACGGUUUCCUGUAGUGUUGUCGAUCAAGAGCACCAGCAGCGCCGUGGGUCAUAUAUGGAGUGAAAAGAAUGCGAGUGGUACUGGCUAUUUUAGCAAAGUUUCAUUCUCUAGUUUCGGUGACAAUUUUGGGUUUGUUCCUGGUUUAAAAUAUAAGUACACAAGAUUGGAUACCGUGAAGAACUUUUGUGUGGUGAAUGAUGUUGCAAAAUUGGAGAAGAGGGAAUACCCGGAUGGAAGAUCCUUCAACGACAUGAAAUUUGGUUUCGAUACAACAAACUCCGAUCUAAAGAAUACAUGGGGACAGGCAACACCAAUAUCAGUUGGUGAGAUGCAGCAUCAGAAUGCUGAUCCACGAGGAUACGUAACUCUAGUAUCAGUCGAUGAGAUAUACUAUGGAGAUAUCAAUUCCUAUAGAGCAACUAGUCCAUUACAGACAUCGGUAAAGACGAAGCAGACCCACUGGAAUGUAAGCUACAAGAUGAGCUAUACCUUCCGGGGUUCAACUCCGUAUGAGGAUGUGCCAACUGAGAUCUCAGCGGAAGGGAUAUACAAUGCAAACACUGGCAAGCUCUGCAUGGUAGGAUGUCAGUAUCCAAGCUAUGCAUUCGCUAAAAAACAAGGAAAAGGUGUGAAUAACACUAUGGACUGUAAAAUUCUCAUCAAUGUCCAGCUUCCCCCUCUGAAUCCAGAGUUUGGAGAGCGUUUUAACGGCAAAAUUGAGAGUACAAGGGAGAAAUCGGACCCGCUUUUCUUUAAUCCUGUAGAGGUUUCCUCAUACGCUUUUGUCGGAACAGCCCAAACGGUCUGGAGGAUGGAUAUAGAAAUUGUUAUGGUAGUUAUCUCCCUCACACUUUCAUGUAUUUUUAUCAGAAUGCAGUUUUACCAUCUCAAGAAGCAUUUUUCUUCGAUGUCCAUCACGAUGCUUGUUGUUCUUACUCUAGGCCACAUGAUCCCUUUGAUGUUGAACUUUGGAGCAUUGUUCUAUAAGAAUCAUAACCCACAUAACUUUCUAUACCGGAGCAGUGGAUGGCUCGAGGCAAAUGAGGUUAUUGUGAGGGUGAUGACGAUGGUCGCUUUCCUGCUGCACUUUCGUUUACUUCAAGUGGCAUGGUCUUCUAGAUCAGCGGAGGAGAGCAAGAAGGGCCUGUGGGUUGCCGAGAAGAGAGCUCUCAUCUUAUGCUUGUCUUUAUAUCUUGCUGGUGGACUGAUUGCCUGGUUUGUUCACACGAGGUCAUAUGAAAUUAGGCAGCACAGCCCUGACUAUUUGGUUGAGCGCCAGCAUUCUCUGUUGGAGGAUCUGAUAACAUACUGUGGCUUGAUACUUGAUUGCUUCCUGCUGCCUCAGAUCAUUUUUAAUAUCUUUUGGAACUCCAAAGACAAGGCUCUGAACCCUUUCUUCUAUGUUGGAACCACUAUUCUUCGUGCGGUACCUCACUUCUAUGAUGUUUAUAGAGCUCACCAUUAUGUUCCCCAUCUAAACUGGUCAUACAUCUAUGCUCGCCAUGAUGGAGAUUUGUACUCCACUGGGUGGAAUAUCAUCAUUCCUUGCCAGGGAGUGCUCUUUGCAUUUCUUAUAUACUUGCAGCAGCGGUUUGGUGGUGAUCACAUCCUUCCUAAAAGAUUUAGAAAGCCUGGUGAGUACGAGACAGUCGUGAGUCCUUAGCUCUUUCAGAUAAACUUUGUGUGAAAUUCGUAUUAUGCAAAAUAAGGCUAUGUUUAAUUGUCGUAA